UGCACUGUCGCUAAAGGUCGUGACGCCGUUGCGUUUUCGAGUUUUCAUCUUUGGGAAAUGAAUGAAUAUUGAUGCUUGAUAGCCUUGUAGUGCCUAAUAAGUCAAACGAUGCCUUGAAAAAUGAUGCGAACAAUAGGGAUUCAAUUUUUUGCGACUACUACUCGAAUCGUCAAGGAAGCUUUUCCAAUCGCAGGUUGAGGGAUUUUUCCAAUAUUUCGGAAACUUUGAAGUUUGUAGAGCAUUUGGAUUUAUCUCGAAACUUCAUCACAAAUAUUCCGAGUGGAAUCGAACAAUAUAGAUUGCUUACAACUUUGGAUUUAAGUUUCAACAAAAUUUUUUCUGUCCCGAAUUCGCUAUGCAAACUACCGAGCCUUCGGAUUUUGGUAAUGUCUAACAACUAUUUGUCUUCUCUUCCUGCGAAUAUUUGUGAACUUCAAAACUUGCAAGAGCUGGAUUUGUCAUUCAACAGGUUUAAACACUUUCCUUCUUCUAUUUGCUCACUUCACAGUUUAAAAGUUUUACUAUUAGGAUGUAACCUGAUUGAAACACUUCCAGAAGACAUAGUUGGUCUUCGUUGUUUGAAGAUUUUGGACUUGCAUUCAAACGGAGUAAAGCAACUACCUUUGAGCAUUAGAUUUAUGUGGUGUUUAGAGAGGUUAUCUCUAGAGGAAAAUCCCCUAUCCCCUCCCCUUUUAACCAUUGUUGCUCGUGGGAUCCCAUACAUAUUUGCAUUUUUAAAUCAACAAGCUUUAUACAAUUCUAAUAAUACAAGUUGCGAAAAAUUUCAUGAUUCGUUAACUCAAUCGUCUUCUGCUCAGGUAACAAAUACUUCAAAUCAACAGAAUAUGUUGAAACUUUCUGAAAGUCAGGAUGUGAAUUCAAACUCUUCUAGUCCAUGUUUCGAGAAAACCGAGGUAAAUACGGAUUCUGACCAAAGAUACAUAUCGAAAUCUGAAAUUACAAAUCCUUCGUUGACAAUUCAAAACUUUACUUAUUCAACAACAAAUAACAAAAAUGAACAAUUUGAUAAACCAAAUGCUAAACUACACUCAAAUGACUAUAAUUGUAUUGAGAAUUUUAGUCAUAAUGUAUCAACACAAUCUUGUAUAAAUGAAACAUUGAAAUCUGGAUCGUCAUUUAGUUCUUUAUCAACUGAUGAUAAUGAAUCACUAACAAUGAAUAUGUAUUCUUCUGCUUAUGAGAAUGUUAUUCUUGAUAAGAAUGAAAAUGAAGUUUUCUAUUUAACAUCAAAUAAUUCACAUCAAUUGACACAAACUAUCAAUAAUUCCCAAGUUACGCAACCUAUCUCUCCUGGCAAUGACAAUACAAAGAAGACAAUAGUAUCAACGGUUCUGAAUGGGAAUGAUUCAGCAGUAGAGUCUUCAGUAGUACAAACAGUUAGCAAUUAUAUCAUUAGAAAUGAAACACCAUGUAAUGUUUGUGAACCAACUAAAAAUGGUCAGAUUAAAGAUUGUCCAACAAAUCAUUCUUCUUUUAAAUACGAUCGACGUGAUAAAGGUGGUCCCAUUUCUAGUCAUACUCGGUUACGUUAUUCUAAACGUCAACAGAUAGAACAUGAUAGAAAUGUUCAUAGUAGUUCUGGUUAUAUAACACCAGAUUCAUAUUUAUCAGAAAAUUGUAAUAGAUCUCAAACAAAUGAAUAUCAUAGUCAAAAUUUCAAUCAAUACCAUAAUGAUAAAAAGUUGAUUAAUCAAAGAAAUCAUACACAACUAUUAUAUCAUCCUCAUAAAAAUAGUUUAUAUAAUGAAGAUAUAUCUAAUAAAAUAACACAUGUUGGUGUUGCUUUAUGUAUGCCUUCAGAAUGUACUUUAAAAUUACCUAAAAAUUUUCAAACUUCACAUAAUUAUCAACCACAAUCAACAAAUACACAUUGUCAAAAUUCAAGUAUAACAUUUUCUACUGAUUAUUUAAGUGAAGAUGUCAGUAGAAAAAGUGAAAUUCGGAAUAUAGAUACAUUGAAGUAUAUGAAAAUGAAUUCACAUAAGGAUACUGUUAAAUGGGAGGAAUUAAAUUCUGAUGAUUUAAUAAGAAUUAAUCAAUUAAGAACAAUAAUCGAUAAAGAAUUAAAUAUUCGUCUACCAAUUAAUCCAAAACACUUAAUUAUUGAAUUGAGUACUGGUGUUAUUUUAAUUCAGUUACUGAAUAAAUUUAUCGGGACAACAUCAACUAUCAAAAUUUGUUUACCUAGAAAUGAUCAGCAUCAUAAUAUGUUGAAUGAAGUAGUCAAAUCUUAUCGUCGAAAUUUAAGACGUUGUCGUGAAUCAAUAUAUCGUUAUGGUGUACCUAAAGAAUAUCUAUUUUCCACUGAAUCCAUUGUAAAUCCUCAAAGUGCUGAUGGUUUAUUAUCGUUGGCUAAUUCCAUUUCUAUUUUAUACAAGUUACAUAAUAAUAAUAAUAAUAAUAAUAAUAAUAAUACAAAAUCUCCUAUAAAUGCUUCUUCAUCUAAUCAAAUUCAAAAAGAUUUUGAUAUAAACAUAGAAAAUCAAUAUAAUACCAAAUGUGCACAAAAUCGAUUCACAUCCUCCCCUAUACAGCAACAAUAUUUACAAAAAAAUCAAUAUAAUAAUAAUAAUAAUAAUAAUAAUAAUAAUAAAACAGUCAAUCAUCAUAGGAUAUAUCAAAUGAAUAUUUGGUCAAAUUAUUUAUGCUCAGAUGUGUAAUAUAAAUAAAUCAAUAAAAUGCAAUCAUAUUAGUUUCCUUUCUUAUAGGGAUUGUUUUGUUUUGUUUUUGUUUUUGUUUUUUCUAUACAUCAAUUGAUGGGUUACAUGAAUGUUAUUGUACAAUAGUGAAAAUAUAUUCAUAAUAUUUUUCUAUAUAUACACAAUUGAAUAUUAUUGAAAAACUUUUAAGAAAAGAAAACAUUUUCUUUUCUUUUUUUUCAUUCAAUUUCUCAAGUUUAACAGAAUUAUGUAGAAACUAUUCAAAAACAAAAAUUUGUUUUCUUUUUUAAUGUUGAAAAACAAAAAAAAUUGUUACUUUUUAUAAUUUUCUAAUGGGGAUAUUUUAAAAGUCAGUUUUACUUAUUUACUUACUUACGCCUGUUACUCCUAAUGGAGGAUAGGCCAUCGACCAGCAUUCUCCAACCCACUCUGUCCUGGGCCUUCCUUUCUAAUUUUAUCCAAUUCUUGUUCAUUUUUCUCAUGUCUAUCUGCAUUUCUUGAUGUAAUGUGUCCUUCGGUUUUCCUCUCCACCUUUGGCCUUGAGGAUUUCAUGUGACGGUUUGUCUUGUGACGCAGGUAGGUGCUUUCCUCAACGUGUGUCCUAUUCACUUCCAGCACUUCUUCUUGAUUUCUUCCUCCGUUGGGAUCUGGUUUGUUCUUUCCUACAGUUGGUUGUUGCUAAUAGUGUCCGGCCAACGGAUCCGAAGUAUUUUGCGUUGACAUCUGUUAAUAACCACUUGUAUCUUCUGGAUGAUGGCUUUCGUAAUUCUCCAGGUUUCCGCCCCAGUAGACAGUAGAACUGUCUUGACAUUCGUAUUGAAAAUCUAAAAGUCAGUUUUAGUUUCCAAAAAUAAAAAACAAAAAAUGAAAUGAGCAUUUAAUAAAUAGAAUUUCAUGGAUUAGUUGAAGUUACAUAUUAACAUUAUUGGAUGAUGUUGGUCAGCUCAGUGGUUUAGAUGUUAAGCGUUCGUAAGUGAGAUCGAUAGAUCCUGAGUUUGAAUCUCGCGAGGUGGGAUCAUGGAGGAGUUCCACAAAAGGACAAAAUGGUUGUUGAAUGCUUACAGGUUUUCCAUGGUGACCUAACUUCCAUUGACUCAUGAUCUUAACUAUUGAAAUAUAAUUUUGUUUAGUUCCUAAUAUCUAUUGUUACUUUUGAUUAACAUUACAAGUUUAUGUGAGAUUUUAUCGAACGUCGGUUAACAAUCUAAUUGAACAUAUCUAUUGUAUCGAUAGUAAAUAUAUUUUUGUGAUAUC